AUGAACUAUCCAUUCAUUUUGUUAGAAAAAGCUGAAUCUCACUCCAUAUUUAGAUUCACAACAAAUGCUUAAUAUGAAGAUGCUAAUAAGAAUGGAGACAGAACAGUAUCAGCAUUUGUAGGAAGAGGAGAAUAUAAGUUCAGUACUUAUGAUGCAGUUCUUGAUAAGAAUGAUAUCACAACAGGAACUAAGUUUGAUAAGGAAUUAGAAGGAUAUUGGAAUUUCGUCUAUUUCUGCUACAAGAGAAUUCCAACUGGACCAAAGGGUAUUGGAUAUGUGUAUCUUACUCAUUAAAAUGUUGUUAAGAGAGUCGAAAUUGAUAGUGCCAAACAUUGGUUGUUGAGAGAUUAUGCCAGACUCGUUAUUGGAAAGAAAGAAUUUGGACAUUCAGCCUUCUAAGGUAAAUUGUUUGAUCCAAGAGCAUUUUUGGGCAAGAACAGUUACAUUGAUUCAAGCGAAGAUUUACUCAAUGUUAUUGUACCUAAAUUCAGACCUUAUCCACCAUACAAAGAUAAAUAAGAUAACGAACCAGUCUAAGUAGAGAAAGCUAAGAUGACUUAAAGAGUGUUCAAAUCAUAUGAAGAGAAGUACAGUGGUGUCUUUGAAUACAGUGUUUAUGGAUUUGCUAAGGGUAAUAAAUUAAAGAAUGUCACUGAUUGGACUUCACUUGUCAGAGUCACAUAAAAUACUCCAGAUAUCUAAGCUGAUAAUGACAAUGCUGGAGAUAGAACUCUUUCCAUCUUCAUUGAUAAAGGUGUCUGGUAUUUCAGUACUUAUGAUUAUGGAGAUAUUGAAACUGCAGAUGAUGAUGUUGGUUCAAGUAUUUAUUUAUAUUUAUAUCUUUAGUCGACAAGAAAUUUGAAAUUGGUAAAUAUUGGGGUAAAUGGACAUACUUCUACUUUGGAUAUUCCUUCCAUCUUAAAUAAGCCUAUGCUUACAUUCGUUAAAUCGAUCAAACAGCCAACUCCUAUUUGUUUGAGGAGAUCUAUCACUUUGUUCCUAAUUAUUUGAGUGUGUUCUUCUCUGA